AUGACAGAUGCAAGUCCACUAUAGACAGAGUUAGAGAUAUCACCGGUCCUAGGCACUACUUGGCCAUUCCCUAAUCGCAGUCGACUCAACACACGUAAUGAAAAUUUAUGGAAAUUACGCACGUCGUCAUUCCACUUUAUCCGCGCUUUGGACUCGAUGAGACCCAAGUGGUUCUCGACGCUAAACACGAUCGUCCAGCUCUGCACUCCCACUGAGGAGCGACAGCAUCAUAUCUCCACCUCGAAUGGACAGGGUCAACAAAUUCGUGCUGGCAUUGCAGAUCAACUGUUCGAAAGGGCGGAUAGGUUCUUCCUACAUUUGCCAAGAAUAACAAUAUUCACAUCCAAACCUGCAAAUGACCCUGACAAAUUGGUUUGGAUAUGUGGUAUAUGGUUGAUGACACAACGUGAAGGAGAACAUUCCACUUUUAGUGCAUGUGCGGGCAGUGGUCGCUUCAUCCAUGAUAGCGCAGCGAUUGUCAGGCUGCUGAAUGUUUACAACGUUGUGCAUGCCACCCGGUCGGGCCUGCAUUCGGAUGACUUUGUGUUCUCCACUCAGCGACAGACAUCGCUGUUCGCGCAGCACGAAUCAGAGCUUGUCGGAUCUGCACGGGUUGGGGUAGGGCUCACCUACGCAAAGGAGAGUAGCUCACUUGAUUACAAGUUGCGCUCUACGUACAGCGAUCACCUACGUCAGCAUGAACGCCCACUAUUGGUUGGACCUCCGUCACUUGGGUCGUCGUCAUCAGGUCCCACACAGUACACAAGUACAUACUUGAAUGAACUCAAGGCAUUAUGGCGAAAUGUACUUAUCAAUAUGCUGUUCACUACUACAGGACAUGAAAUGGUUGACCUGGCCGCAAUCGUAGCAAAUGCGGAAGACAUUUUGAUCGGUUCGGUGGUUCGAACCCGUUCGCUGGCGUUCGGUCCGAGGUUCGACCUUUUGCUCUGA